CGUAUUUCUUCACUUUCACCUUCGCGCUCCCCGUCCUGUCCAGUCCCAGCGUCAGUCGCGCGCCGCCCAUCGCCAGCCUCGCGCCCAGCGGAUGCAACUCGUCGCUCGUUAAGUGCACCUCUCGUCCCUCCCCCCCACUGUCGGCACCAUGGCGGACAAGAAGACCGACGACUUCGUGGUGCGCGUGCCCGACGCGGCCACUGGCCUCAACGGCGCCGCCGAUAAGGGCCGUUUCUCGCUCUCGCCGCCCCGGCGUUCGAGCCCCGCCGCACCCUCGUGGCUCAAAUCCGUCGAGGGCAGCGGCGGUGUCUCCGUCAUCGCCUACUGCCUGUCCUCCAUCAGCAUGACGCUUGUCAACAAGUACGUCGUGUCGGGCAACUCGUGGAAUCUUCACUUGCUGUACCUCGCGAUUCAGUCCAUCGUCAGCACAGUCACUAUCGUGGCCGGUAAACAGCUGGGCCUGAUCCGGGAGCUCGAUGACUUUGACACCCAGAGGGCCAAGAAAUGGUUCCCCAUCUCACUCCUCCUGGUGGGUAUGAUCUUCACCGGCAAUAAGGCCCUCCAGUACCUCUCAGUCCCCGUCUACACCAUCUUCAAGAACUUGGCCAUUAUUGUCACCGCCUACGGUGAGGUCAUGUGGUUCGGUGGCAGCGUCAGCGCCCUGAGCCUCGUUUCCUUCUGCCUCAUGGUCUUCAGCUCCAUGGUGGCGGCUUGGGCCGACUUUAGCAACGCCAAGUCGAUCGCUUCGGCGGGUCUCAAGGCCGGUGCCCCUGCUGUCUCGACCCUCAACGCCGGCUAUGCCUGGAUGCUCAUCAACGUCUUCUGCUCUGCCCUGUAUGUCCUGAGCAUGCGAAAGGCCAUCAAGUUUACCAACUUCAAGAACUGGGAUGUCAUGUUCUACAACAACCUGCUCACGAUCCCCGUGCUGCUGGUCGGCUCGCUCGUCAUUGAGGACUGGUCCAGUGCCAAUCUCAUCAAGAACUUCCCCGUGGAGACGCGUCAGAGCCUCAUGAUUGGCAUGAUCUACUCGGGCCUGGCUGCCAUCUUUAUUUCCUACUGCACGGCCUGGUGCAUCCGCGCCACCUCGUCGACGACGUACGCCAUGGCCGGCGCGCUCAACAAGCUCCCCGUGGCCGUGGCCGGUCUCAUCUUCUUCUCCGACCCGGUCACCUUUGGCGGCGUCACGGCCAUCUUCCUCGGCUUCGUCAGCGGCCUUCUCUACACGCUCGCCAAGAACAACAAGUCGAAGCACUCGGGCCCUACGUUGCCGACAACGAACCAGGCGCCGAUGAGCGCCAGCGCCCGCAGCGAAAAGGAUGCCGCCAGUUCAUAAAGACGCUCGAUCAAGCCGUGACGCCAAGCAUUCCUCCAGAGGUGCACGAGUACACGAGACUGGGAAAACGGAGUUGGUCAUUUCAGGAUAGAGGGCCAUGUGUAUUAACAAGAUUGGUUGGUAGCAGCUUUUAAUUACAAUAGAUGACUUGUACGGCCAGA